AUGGAACCCAUAGUAAAAUUAAUUGGUUACAAUCAUAGUUUUUCAAGUGUUUAUCACCCACAAAUGGCAUUUGCUUACAACAUCGGCAUCCAUGCAACAACUAAUUAUUCACCAUUUCAACUACAGUUUGGUCGAGAAUCAUGUUUACCUACUGAUGAACCUUCAUCAUCAUUGACUUUCAAUAAACCAACUGAUUAUUAUGUACAAUUGGAAAACAAUCUGUUGAUAAUACAACAACAUGCACGUGAUAAUAUUAUUCAUCAACAACGACAAUACAAGAUUAAUUAUGAUAAACAACGUCCAGAUCCAUAUUAUGAAAUCAAUGAUCCCGUAUUGAUUAAAAUUCAUGGAAUAAAGAAAAAAUUAGAACAAAAAUAUUCGAUUACACCAAAAAUAAUUACUAGAAAACAAAAUCCAAUUUAUUGA